AUGUUGUAUCGAAAAGACGAUGCUGCUCUAACUAGUUGCAAGUUUUGUGAAGCACCUAGAUUCAAGCCUAUUUCCGAUGGUGGUUGUAAGUCCAAGAGAGUUCCUGUCAGACGGAUGCAUUACUUACCCUUAAUCCCUAGACUUCGAAGGCUUUAUGCGUUAAUGAGUUCAGCUCUGCACAUGACGUGGCAUAUAAAAAACCAACGUGAUGAUGGCGUGAUGACCCAUCCGUCACAUGGGGAGGCAUUGAAAAGCUUUGACCGUAUCCACUCUGAUUUUGCUUUGGUGCCUAGAAACAUUAGGUUAGGUCUUUGCUCUGAUGGGUUUACCCCAAAUAUCCAAUUUAGCAAGCCUUAUUCUUGUUGGCCUGUAAUUGUAAUUCCAUACAAUCUACCUCCUGGAAUGUGUAUGAAAGAUCCUUAUUUGUUCUUGACUUGCUUAAUACCUAGUCCUAAUAACCCUAAAGCCAACAUUGAUGUAUUCUUGAGACCUUUGAUUGAUGAAUUAAAUGAGUUGUGGAAUCCUGGUGUUUUGACGUAUGAUAUUGUAGAAAAGAAGAAUUUCGUCUUAAAGGCAGCAUUGAUGUGGACUAUCAAUGAUUUUCUGGCUUAUGGGAUGUUGUCUGGGUGGAUGACACAAGGAAGAUUGUCAUGUCCUAUUUGCAUGGAGGAUACCAAGUCUUUUACACUAUCACAUGGAGGCAAGGCAUCAUGGUUUGAUUGUCAUCGGAGGUUUUUGCCGACAAACCACCCUUAUAGGCGCAAUAAGAAUGACUUCAGGAAGAAUAAAAUAGAAAGUGAAGAGGCUCCUACCAGAUUAAGUGGUUUGGAGAUUUGGCAAAGGGUUAAAGGACUUGGGAAGAUAUCAGAUAAUGGAAAGUGGAUCAAAUCGCGAGAGUAUGAGAAGAAUGUGCUUGACAACAUAAUGAAUACUAUUAUGGACAUUGAUAGAACUAAAGAUAAUGAAAAGGCUAGGUUAGACCUGGCUGAACUGUGCAAGCAUCCAGAUUUACAUUUGCGGCAUGUCGGUGAUAAUUGUUGGUCCAAACCUAAGUGCUUGCUUCCAAUUGCAUUCAGAGAACUACCUACAAAUAUAUGGAAGCCUCUUACCGAGUUAAGCCAGUUUUUCAAAGACUUGUGUUCAACCACUCUCAAGGUUCAUGAUUUAGAGGUUAUGGAGCAGAAUAUUCCCAUUAUCCUUUGCAAGUUAGAAAGGAUAUUUCCCCCGGGAUUCUUUAAUGUGAUGGAGCAUUUGCCAACUCAUCUAGCAUAUGAGGCACGUGUAUGUGGACCUGUCCAAUAUAGGUGGAUGUAUCCAUUUGAACGGGUGAUAAGAGCAUUCAAGCGAAUAGUGAAAAAUAGAGCAAGGGUUGAAGGUUCGAUUUGUGAGGCUUUCUUGGGAAAGGAGACUUCAAGUUUUGUUUCUUUCUACUUUGAACCACAUAUCUUAUCGAGGCAAACCCGUGUGGGAAGAAAUGAUGAUGGCGGAGACACGAUUAAAUCCUCUUUAUCAAUAUUUAAUAGACAUGGUCGCAAGUUUGGAAAAGCUAAAGAUCAUUGA